AUGGACUCGCGAAGUAUUGACUUCGCAAAGACAGCUUCAAUCGACCUGAUGACGCUCAAUAAUAAGGUGGUGAACAUGAGGCAGGUUGUGAAGAGAGCCAAGGUGCACGUGAUUAGCAAAUUGUGCAGACAUAUUCACAAACUCAAGAUGAAACAAGGAACAGAGGAACACAAAGCCAAAAACCUCCGCAAGGCUGAGAGACUGAUAGAAGAAAUUGAUUCUAUGAAGAAACUCAAGGAAGACAACAUCUCCAAGUAUGCCCUUGCAAACACAGCAUCUUUUGAUGACCUCUCUAAGAUAAGCUUGUUACCAGGGCCCCGCGCACUUGCCAGACUUGCUGAGCAUCCACUAUUAAAGAGAGUGGUCACAGAUUUCCGCAGUCAGCACAGUGAUUGGCCAGAUUUGGCUGCUUAUUUGCUGAUCAAGCAGACAGGUCGGCGAUUUAAAACAAAAAAACAAAAACAGAAGAAGCUGGAAAGACGUGUGGAAAACAUGAACGCCAGUGAGACCAUGACCAAAGCUUAUAUUCAAGGGAGAUUUGGACAGGAAGGUUUGCUGAAAGCAGAGCAAACGUUUGAAAGGAAACGAAAACGACCAAAAUCAGUUGUUGGUGGGAGGAGUGCAGACAGUCAGCACAACAAUGAUGACAGUCAGUUGAAGCAAAAACGUAAGGCCGUGAAAACAAAUUCUGAAACAGCGGAUCUUGUAGAAAAUAAAGAACCUAAAACAGAGAAAACAAUUUCUGAAACAGAUGAUCUUGUAGAAUAUAAAGAAUAUAGAACAGAGAAAACAAAUUCUGAAACUGAUGAUCUUGUAGAAAAUAAAGGACAUAAAACAGAGAAGACAGAUUCUGAAACAGAUGAUCUUGUAGAAAAUAAAGGACACAAAACAAAGAAGACAGAUUCUAAAACUAAUAAAGCAGAUAAUCUUGUAGAAGAGGAAGAAAAUCAACAGGAAUUAUCCCAGAAUAGUGCUAAAAAAAUGAUGGUAGAGAAAAGAAGGAUAAAUCAAAGGACAGGCAUGUUGAAUCAAAGUCAGUUAACAGAAGGGAAACAGCAGAAACCCCUUGAUGAAUCUGGUAGUGGUGACAAGGACAGUGACAGUAGUGACAAGGACAGUGACAGUAGUGACAAGGACAGUGACAGUAGUGACAAGGACAAUGACAGUAGUGACAAGGACAGUGACAGUAGUGACAAGGACAGUGACAGUAGUAGAGAUACAGCAGAUGGUCAGAUUCCUGAUGUUGUGGUCUCAGAUUCAGAAAACAUCCUGCAGUCCGGCCACAUUAGUGACUGUCAGACCAGCAGUGAGUGUGUGGUCAGAGAACUCAGACUUCAGAAUGCACAAGACAGUUUUCUUUCUAGUGAUAAUGAUGAUGAUGAUGAAAACAGUGAGAAAUAUAAGACAAGGUUAGUCCCAGCAUUUUUGACUAGGGCAAAUAAAACAGUGAUAUCAGACCCUUUCUUCGCUGGAAGUGAUGAGGAGGAGGAUUUAGAAAUUACAAUAACUGAUGCUGGUGUCAGUGAUGAUGAUGAUGAUAGCGCUUAUGUAGACACAGGUUCAGGCAGGGUCAAGGCUAAAUCUAUGUUUUACAAUCCGGGCCCACGCGGAAAGAGAGGAGCCAGCAGUGAGAGAUUCUGCAGAGGUGCACAUGACAGGCAAAGCUGGGAUACAAGGGACACAUCGGGUAGAUUAGACACAAGUCACAGAAGCAGGACAUUUACAUAUGGUCGUCAGGAAAAGACAUUUAGAGGUGAUUAUCAAAGUAGAACAUUUAGAGGUGAUUGUCAAGGCAGAGGAAACAGGGUGGACCGAAGGGUUCAGGCACACAAACCAGAGUUAACAGCCCUGCCAGCCAGCCAGGCACCUCCAGAAAAACUACAUCCAUCAUGGGAAGCCAGCAAGAAACGAAGAGCAGAGCAGAGCGGCAUCACAACUUUCCGAGGCAGCAGAUUGACCUUUGAUGAUGAUGAUUAA